UCAAAGAGGAUUUGUCGUAUGAACUUGUAUGACUGCAACGUACUGUGUAACAAUCUGGCUCAGACGAAGAAAAAUCAUUCACAGGAUGAUUCAGUGGAAACGGCUCUACUGUCUGUCUUUCUCUCAUGUCAUCAGCAAUCUGAAAUUGAGGUUUUAUAUCCCGCCAAAAGUGGAGUUCCAGACUGGUUCUCCUGGCGUGCUGAAAGUAGGGUUCCAGAGCCGUUUUCCUCAGAUGACGAUGUCAGUGAGGAAGAAGUACUGCCAGUAUACAAGUUAAACUUUAAAUUCUGUGAAAAUAUUAACUGGGAGAACAAAGGAUUGGCUUUCUGUGCUCAUAGUUCUGAUACAUUUAAGGGACCAUAUAUCAAAUUCUGUGCUAUUGACAUUAAUGGGGUAUGCAUUGCAAAACGAUCGGGGAAGCCAGAAGAGCAUCCGUGGAGGUUGUCAAAAGGUCAUCUGUGGUUGUACUAUAUUCCAUUCCAUACAAUUAUAAGACGGCUCGGUGAGAGUGGUUUGCCGCCACCUUCCACCUGUCUGGUCAAGUUUGAGUUCAAAGUUAUUGGGUACGGGAGAGGAACUUUCGGGGUUCACGUAGUAAUGCCAGAAGACGAGGAUGGCGUAAUUAUCCAUCAAGUUGAUAAUGCAGACUGCUCCUCUGAAGGUGAUGAUGGAAUGAUGGCGUAAUCUUGUUUUACUGAUCCUCAGCAUGCAGGAGCAUCUUUCCCAUUCACCAAAUCGAUACAAUCCGAUGCUCUGUUGGUCGUCUUAAAGAGACUUGGAAAACUUGAGGUUGAGGGCUAAAGAUAGUUCUGAAAACAGGCGGAUGCGUAUCUGCAAGCAUGAUUGAAGGUUGGAAAACAUGUGUUUGAACUUGUGAAGCUGAAGUGCACACAUCAACAAUCGAAUCUCAGCAUCGCAGCAUUCACUAAUAUGGGCAAUGAAGACCAAUUUUUUGAACAUCAUUCGAUUGACUUGACUGGUUUCUGGGUGGGUGGUCAUCCUUCAAUUAUGAAUGCCAAAUCUGGCCUCUGGAAGACCUUUGGGGUUUUGAUAUAUUGCAAUUGCAGCACUGUUACAUUUCUGGUUUUCCACUUCACUAAAAAUCUUGGUAAUGUCUGCUACAUAA